GUGAGCCUCACAGAGCCAAACUUCUCAGCAGCCCGGGGGCUGGUCAGGGGAAGCGAGAGCUCCCAACGAUUCUCGGGAGCCUCCCACCCCGCCUCCCUCGGCGAGGAGGGCUCGGAGACUCCGCUGAGGGCGGAGGAGGAGGCCGGGCGGCGGGGAGGGGGGAGGCAAACCCUGCCCACUCGGCUCGGAGCCUGGAACGGCCGCAGAAGUCGGAGGGCCGGUGCGCUGGGCGAGGAGGGCACCAGGGUCGGGGGGCUCUGCUCCCCGCCUGACCCCACUCGUCCCCAGCUAGCAAAGUGAAGGCUCCUCGGACUUUAGAGCCAGCAGACAGACUGAGACUGCCGGCCACUCCGGGUCAAGGACUUGCCCCACCCGUGCCUCCCACCAGGGGCUCCCAACUCACUGGUGAGCGCGGUUGCCCGGGAGCUGGAUGCGGGGGCGGCCGCGAUGGCCCCGCGCGCGGGACGGCCGGGGCUCCGGGGGCCGCUGCUGCCGGGGCUGCUGCUCGCGGCGGCAGCGCUGAGCCGGCCCGCCGCGCCCUGUCCCUUCCAGUGCUACUGCUUCGGCAGCCCCAAGCUGCUGUUGCGCUGCGCGUCGGGCGCCGAGCUCCGGCAGCCGCCACGGGACGUGCCGCCCGACGCGCGCAACCUCACCAUCGUGGGCGCCAACCUGACGGUGCUGCACGCGGCCGCCUUCGCCGACGGGGACGCGGACGGAGAGCAGGCGGCGGCGCCUGGGGUGCGCCUGCCGUUCCUCACCGCGCUGCGCCUCACGCACAACAACAUCGAGGUGGUGGAGGACGGCGCCUUCGAUGGGCUGCCCAGCCUGGCGGCGCUCGACCUGAGCCACAACCCGCUGCACGCCCUGGGCGGCGGCGCCUUCCGCGGGCUGCCCGCGCUGCGCUCGCUGCAGCUCAACCACGCGCUGGCGCGGGUUGGCCCCGCGCUCCUGGACGCGCUGGACGCCGCGCUCACUCCGCUGGCCGAGCUGCGCCUCCUGGGCCUGGCGGGCAACGCGCUGAGCCGCCUGCCGCCCGCCGCGUUGCGCCUGCCGCGCCUGGAGCAGCUGGACGCGCACUUUAACGCACUGGCCGGCUUGGGCCCCGACGAGCUGCGCGCUCUGGAGCGCGAUGGAGACCCGCCCGGGCCGCGCCUGCUGCUCGCCGACAACCCCCUGCGCUGCGGUUGCGCCGCGCGCCCCCUGCUGGCCUGGCUGCGCAACGCCACGGAGCGCGUACCCGAUGCGCGCCGCCUGCGCUGCGCCGCCCCACGGGCACUACUGGACCGGCCUCUGCUGGACCUGGACGAGGAGCGGGUGCGCUGCGCAGACGGCGACCUCGACGGGCGUGGAGAAGAGGCGGAUACCGCUGGCCCGGAGCUGGAAGCCUCCUACGUCUUCUUCGGGCUGGUGCUGGCGCUUAUCGGCCUCAUCUUCCUCAUGGUGCUCUACCUAAACCGCCGCGGCAUCCAGCGCUGGAUGCGCAACUUGCGCGAGGCAUGCAGGGACCAGAUGGAGGGCUACCACUACCGCUACGAGCAGGAUGCCGACCCGCGCCGAGCGCCCGCCCCGGCCGCCCCCGCCGGCUCCCGCGCCACGUCCCCAGGCUCGGGCCUUUGAGCUUCUCCCGCUGGAGAUCGGGGGCUGCCCUGCCAGCUGAUGACCUUACUGAGGCCCGGGCCUGAAGCCGUGGAAUGAAACACUCGCGAGCGUGGAGCUCCAGGACCAGCCCCAGACCAGCCCCAGACCUUUGGACGGUAGUGUUCCUCCCACUCAGAGGCUCCAAGCUGUACCUCCUUCCUCAGAGUCACCCCAUCUGAUUCCAGAAACUGCCCCUGCCCAUCUCUGAAAGCCCACUCGCCCUUCCCGGAGUCGCCCAGAGACCCUGUCUUUUCAUUCGAAAACUCCGAGACAGCUGCCACCACUCUGCUUUAAGCCUGGCCGACCGCCUAUGCUGCCUAUCUGCAGCUGAAAGCCUUCAGUCCCUCUCCCCAGGGCUCAGAGGCUUCACGUCCCAGUCUGGUCUCAGAAGCAGAUCACCCCCAUCAGAAGGUCUUUGUAGACUUUGAGCCCUUUGCCCUGCCCCAGAGCUCAGAGCCCUCCUUCCUGCAUGGAGAUCUACAUCUUGGGGCCCUGAGGGUUGGCAUCGUCCCCCACCCUGAAGGUGUAUUUCACACCCCAGCAAAAAGCUCGGCCCCCUCUUUUCUGUGGCUUCAAUCCCAGUCUGCCUCUCCCCUUCGAAGGAGGAGCACACCCUUUGCUAGCCUUAGUGUGGAUUCCAUCCUCAGUCUUCCCCACCAAUGCUCCUACCCGCCCCCCCCCAUGCUAUCUGCUUGCCCCUAACCUCAAACUCUCCACUCAUCCAUCUGGGUUUCAUUCCCCUGCCUGAGUUUUAGGCUCUCAUUCGCCCCACAUCCAUCACUUGUGCUUGUACCCACCUGUCAUUCCCCUGCCUCAGUCCAGUGAGGGAUCCAUCUCUGGGAUGUGUCACCCUCUUCCCUCCCAGGACGAGCUGUCCAGUCCCACGGGACACAUACAGACGGCAGCACCUCAGUGUGCAAGGGGAUGGUGUGGUGGGGCCUCAGCCAGGGUCACUGGCCCUUGGUGGCCUGAGUUGUAGGGCAGGGGCUGGGAGCUGCUGCCUACCCAUGUCUCCACGCUCUCCCCUGGCCAUUGUCCUGGGGACUCCUUGCCACUACAUCCACACCCCAGCCCAUAUGCCUCUGGAAAAGGAUGGGGGUCUCACCUCCUGUCUCAGGCACAAACCCUCCUAUUCAGGGUCAGAGCCUCAGCGCCCUGCCUUCUGCAUGAUCCCAAAGCACAAUUGGUGAGUGGGGAUGGGGCUGCCCUCCCUGACUCCCACCCCUAGGUCAGGCAGAACAGCUGGCCUGUGCUGCCUCUGCACACAGGAUGUCUCCCUCCUUUACUGUAUCAGCUUGAGGCCUGCCUUCCCAGUCCUCACCCAAGAAAUCUGGACCUCCCUUGGGCAGUUUUCUAUAAAGUCUGCAAUAAUCUCGGAUACACGUCUCUUGUAAGUGGUGCCAUGUCAUUCCUGCUCACUUUGGAACAUUGAUGGGGGGGUGCCAUAGAGAGGGCCUUUGGGGCCUCUCGAGGUGGGACAGUGAACCUUGAUGUGGGCCCUGAGCGUGUUGGAGAAGUGAGCUCUGAUUGUACAGAGCAGGAUUGAAGCUAGAUGUGUAGAAGGACUUCCCAUUGGGAUAACUUUGCUGUCCAAGCAAGUCGGCCAUUAGCUCUGAGGUGGGGUUAGCCACAGCCAGGACGGGAUCCGAAGCUUUGCUACAUCCUCUUCCUCUUCCAUUUCUCCUUCCUCGGGGUGGGAUUGGAAGGUGGAAGGGAAUGUAGGCCUCAGGUGCAGCUGUGGGGAGGAGAUCCAGCUACAGAGUACGAGAGGCAGUUAAUGCAGACAGAGAGGAAGAGGGGUCGUGUGCUGCUCUGGGUCAUCCCGGUGGGUUUCUUGGCUAUUAGGGCAGGGGCUGCACAUUGGGCACUUGAGAGGCUGAAGGCAGCAGCAGCCUCGAUCUGGGGGCAAAAUGGCCCCUGGAGCAAGGGGACAGGUGGCUCCAGACCAGUAUGGCCAGCCAGGGUGGGGGCUUAUUUCCUGUCUCAAGGUCCCCAGACUGAGUUAUUUUGCAUUCAAGGUCACAGGGCACCUGAACCAUGGGGUAGAAAUCCAGGUUCUGGCAUUUUAACCUCUCAGGGCCACACGACUUUAGAACGGAUGCCUCCUGAACAUUGCAGAGGACCUCAGUGAUGUGAAAAGUCCCCAGAGCUAUCUCAAGAAGCACGCUCUCACCGUGGGGAGCUCUCUCCUUCUCCUUCUGAGACCUUUCAUCUCAGUGCUGGAGGAGUCUGCUGGGACUCCCUGACAGCUCCAGCUCAACCUGGGAGCCAGAAGCGUGCCGCAUCCCAGGCCAGCCCUGCACAGUCAGAGCCAGUGCAUGAGUCUCCUUGUCUUCUCUCAGAAACUCCACCCUUAUUCCAGUCACUCCUCAUGAGAAGGAAUUAAAUACUCUAGAGCAUUCCCAUCUGUCAGUGACCUUCAAAGGUGUCCUGACAGUUCCCUACGACAGUGGUGGCAAACCUAUCACACAGAGCCCUCUGUCGGCAUGCGAGCCAAGCCCCAACAUCACCCCAGCAACUGAGCAUCAGAUAACAGUGCACGGAGGGGCAGUGUUGAUACUUUUCAAUAAAUAAGUGGGUUUGGAGUUGCAGUUUGGGCCCUCGGUCUCUAAAAGGCCCACCAUCACUGCCGUGGACAAAAUAGUGAUGGUCUCUCUCACAGAUUAGAGAACUGUGUCUCUAACAGAUAACCUCCUCCAUAGCACAGUGUGCCCUCUGGUAAUGUAGCCUACGACUGCAAUAAAUCCUA